AUGAAGCUGCUAACAGUUGUUUGUCUCGUCGUUUGGUCCCGGACCGUGGGGAGUUAUGUGAUUGUGAAUCGUGAUCGUGAUCUUUACUACACGAAUAAACCACUAGCUGGAGACAAAAACUAUGCUGGACCGGAUGCAGAAAACGCACCUCAAGAUGUGACACCGGUUGAUCCAUACGCGAAGAAGCUGCUCCAGCUGUACUAUUUGGUGCAGGUGAUGCGUUCCUACCACCGGCCAGCGUACCAAGAGCCAACGACCAUUCUAAGCAAUCUUAUCGAUCGGCUAACGAAGGAAGAGCUGCGCGACGAGCUGGAACGGUUGCUGUCCGGUGUCGAUGGGUUCGAGGAAGUGUUCAACAUCGGCGAGUAUGCCGUGCGGGAUCCGAUCAAGGAACAGUUGGCCAACGAUUUUCGACUGUUGUUCCCGAUCGUGGUGAAGACGCUCAGCGGACUGCAGGAUGCCGGUACGGAAAGUGACGAAAUGGAGGAGACACUGCAGGGCAGCAUACGAGCAGCGUUCAACGAUUUCCGAAGUCUACUGAUGAGUGUGGUGCAGUCGGAAGGUGAAGUGUUUAAUGAAAUCGAGAAACUCCCAGACACACUGGACCGUACAGAGCCGGUGGUGCAGGGAAACGAGGUGCAUUGGAGUGUGGCGGAUCUAAGGUCGGACAUUGUACCGAACCCAGUGGAUGUGGUGUACGUGACGCAAAUGCCUGCCGCAUCAAAUAAAGCCGUGGUGAACGAUUACGAUUUAGACGAGGAGCACACCAGUACCGAGGGUGUAAAGGAAGUGUUGCCAACGGAACGACCUUUCGAUGAGGGGCUGCAAAUUGAUAAACAGCUUGAUUUUUUACCCGAUGGGAGUGAUGUAAAGUACGAGCUAAGCAUGGGACCAGAUAUGCUGUCGCAGGAGCACGAUUCCGACGAGGAGGACAACGACGACGACGAAACGGAGCUGAUAAUUCUAACGGAAGACAUGAAUCUGCAUAAAGCUGGCCCUUCAGAUGGUGAAGUGGCAGGUAGCGGACCGAUGGCAGUGCUGGUAAAGGACCCGGAAAUGGCCGCCCUGAUUCCGCACAUUAUCGAGCAACUGCGCAUGGAAAAUGUUACAGCGGAGGAAAAGGAUGCAUUGGCUGAGAUUUUCGAAGACCUGUGGCCGUUGAUGGUGGCUGAGGCAGAUCGUAUGCGCACGGAAUCGUAGGUGCAUUUGCGAGCACCGUUACUUUUAUUUUCACCAAUCCCAGAAUCCGUGUACCUGAAAGAUUCCGGGAUACUUUCGGGGGUACGGUGUGAUUAGAUGGAUCAGUUGCUGUUGCGAAGCGGAAGGGAAAGGAUCGUGAGAGCCUUCGUGGAAUCUAGCUUAAAAAAUGAAAGUCAUACUGAGCGCUCUGUUGUGCACGCUGCUGAUGGUGUUAACCGGAAGCAGUCCUUUGUUUGCACGAAAAUGUAAGUACAAAACAAAGCCAAUAGAACAACGUCGUUGGAAAGCUUAUGCUGGAUGUUUGUGCCAUUGCCCGCAGUGUCCGGCAGGAGAAACCCUUGGACGGAUGUUACCUACCGGGAACGGCUGCAAAGCUGGGGCCUUUAUCCGAAGGUGUUUCGCUACGGCACAACCAACCAUCAUGCGGCGAUCCUGGAACGGAAACGAGCCGAGCUAAGCUGGUUAAAGCGAUACGUCCGGGAAAAUGAGGAAAUGGUAGGCAAUCAUGAUGGGCAUGCAAACAUGGUGUCCAACGGCAGAAUUGAACGUGAUCGUCAGUACGAGAAAUUUAAGGAAAAACACUUCCAAAAGAUGGAACAGGAUGCACUCGAAGUUUUGUGGCAGCAUCGUUAGAUUGCUGUUCGAGUGAGAUGAGGAGUAC